UGAGGCUUCCGCCGGAAACCCGGAAUCGAGCAGAAAACCAAGCUCGGAAGCUAAGCUCUGGGUGUUGCUAGUCCCUCGUCCUCGUCUCCUGCGUCCAAAUUUAGGUUUUCACGCCCAGUUUUUACAAGAUCCUGAGGCCCCACCUCACCCCCACAUUCCAACUUCGGCAGAACCUAAGGCCAGGAAAGGAACCUAUUUCCGGCCUCACCUCCCACUCUCCUGUCCUUCCCCGGUCCCCCUCUGCCCCCCUGACCAUGGCCCAGAAGCCGAAGGUAGACCCCCACGUCGGGCGCCUGGGAUACCUGCAGGCACUGGUCACGGAAUUCCAAGAGACGGAGAGCCAAGACGCCAAGGAGCAAGUACUGGCCAACCUCGCCAACUUCGCCUAUGACCCCAAUAACUACCAGUAUCUGCGGCAGCUGCAGGUCCUUGAUUUAUUCCUCGAUUCGCUGUCGGAGGAGAAUGAAAACCUGGUGGAGUUUGCUAUUGGAGGCCUCUGCAACCUGUGUCCAGACAGGGCCAACAAGGAGCACAUCCUGCAGACAGGGGGCAUCCCCCUCAUCAUCAACUGCCUGUCCAGUCCCAACGAGGAGACCGUGCUGUCCGCUGUCACCACAAUCAUGUACCUGAGCUCGCCAGGCUCUGCCUCCCACCCUGAGCUGACUGCCAUGCCCGUGGUGCAGUGCAUGCUGCGCUUCUCUCUCUCGGCCAACACCAGGCUCCGGAACCUGGCCCAGAUCUUCCUCGAAGACUUCUGUUCCCCAAGCCAGGUGGCGGAAGCCCGUAGCUGGCGGGCUCACUCUGCCCUGGGUAUCCCACUGCCAAGGACUGAGGCCCUGCAGCAGCCCUGAUCCAGGGAGAUCUCAUGGCCAUUGACACCCUGACUGCUAGAGACAAGACCACAAUCCCAGUGGGGACUCAGGGAGCGGGAGCAGCCUGGCUCCCACUGAAUGUGUUCUCCCCAAAAGGUGCCCUUUAAGGUAUUUUAAAGGUGAGUUUUCUCAGUGUGACACAUAUUUACACUGUGAUGAGAGGCAUUAGAUGAGUGAGGGAGCCAGACCUGGAGGCCCAUGGAGGAGAGCAAAGGCCAUUUCCAUAGGUUGGCACCCUUAACCAGCUAGAAGUCAAGAGCCUGCCUCCUACCCCCCCCCCCCCGCAACCCCCCACUUGAGCCAGGCUCUCAACCUAAUGUGAGAGAGAAGCAGCUGGGACCCUAGAUCCAGAGGCCUUGCAGAAGGGGGUUUUCAUGAGGAGCACCUGGGCCUGGGAUUAGAAUUGUUCAUGCUUGAGGGAAUAGGAAUUCUCCUUUCACAGAAGUAUCUGAAGUAAUCUUGAGGAAUACAAGUGAGAAGCCAGCUCUGGGAAGUUGGUCAUGCCCACUCCAGGGCUAUGGAAGCUGGGUACCUAUACCACAAGGUCUCCAGGCUGGGCAUUGGGUAUGGUGGACACCGGCCUGGAGAACUCUGUGGCCCGGGAUCACCUGUUUAUCCACACAGGCCUAUCUGCCGGGCACCAUGGGCUUCAAAGACGAAGGUGUGGUCUCUACUCUUGAGUGAUGCAGUCCGCUGUGAAGGUAGCCAUCAGGUGUUAAGACCACGAGUAUGAGAGUGAGGACAUAUCAGAAUAAGGCACAGAUCCUUGAAGCUUCAUAUUCUGCCCUUGCCACCCCAUGGCCCUGGCCUAAACGCCUUGGCCUUCCUCCUCUGUCAUCAGGGUUGGGUUAGUGAGGGCAGGUCCCUGGCCCUGGAAGUCUCAGACUCAGGAGGGCUUCGCGAAUGCAAGAGUGGUGCUCAGGGAACACAGAGGACCUCCUGACAAAAAUCUGUGGUUUAGAGUCCACAGUGUAUGUUGACCAGCACAGGGGAAGCGGUGUGGGACGACCAUGGGAAGUUGGGGUUCAGGAGCAAUGGGGAGCUUCCUGGCCUCCCUUCUGCAGUCCCUCAAGGUUGACCUCCAUGGUCACGAUGAAAGAUGGCAGAUGCAAGAGGCAUGGUAUCCAGAUGGGUGUGGAGGUGGGACUGAGGACAGGAGAAAGCCUCCUCCUCAGCCUGCAUUCCAGCUGCCCUCCCUAGGGUUCCUGUACCUCUACUUUCCCAAAUAAAGGGCCUUUAAAGA